AUGAGCAUGGGCAUUGGUUAUCGGAUGUCUAGAAAUAAGAAACUGCUUGAUAAGGGUCUAACUCCUCCAUAUGUAGAUGAUGGCCUUAUUGAGAUUGUUGGUUUUAGAGAUGGUUGGCAUGGACUUGUUUUACUUGCCCCAAAAGGACAUGGGACUCGUCUUGCACAGGCAACCAGAGUGAAGUUCGAGUUUCAUAAGGGUGCAGCUGAUCAUACUUUCAUGAGAAUCGAUGGGGAACCAUGGAAACAACCCCUUCCAGUAGAUGAUGACACAGUUGUUAUCGAACUUUCUAACCUUGGCCAAGUAAACAUGCUUGCUACUCCACUCUGUCAAGCCAAAAGUGUAUAUGACCCAUCUUCACCAAUGGGUAACCGUGAGGAAGACGAUGACAGUAACGAAGAAGACUCAAUAGAAGAUUCAGAAGAGAGAAAAAAGUUUGGAGCAGCUGCUACCUUCAAAUUUCCAGACGGGAUUGAUAUCGCUCACCUCAGUUAGAAGAAUUAACAGACAUCAUUGUGCACAUAGUUUUUUGCUUCUCUCCCUGGUUGAUUGCACAUUAGGUUUUCAUUGCCUUUUUUUGUUUUGUUUUGUUUUGUUUAGCAUCUUGUUAUUCAGUGUGUACAGGUUGCAAACAGAUUAGUUAUUUCUCUUUGAUUAGAAUUCCAGUUGUUUCUGUUCUUGAUUAUCAUAUACAUAGAUCUGUAACUGUAGUGAUUGAUGGUUAAUUGGCUUUAACUUUCAAA